AUGUCUGAGGAACGCCGCCCCCGAUCGCGCUUUGAUAGCGACGAUGCCGAGCGCCCUGUCCGCUCGCGCUUCGACUCAGAUCGUCGCUCCAGGUCGCCGUCGCGGAGGGAAUCCGAGUCGCAUCGCGCCCGUAGCCCUGUCGCCCGUGAAGGCACAGACAGCCCUGCAUCGUCCAACUUCAAGAACGAGGCGGCAGCAAAGGCGGCGGCUGCGGCUGCGAGGAUCAACGCGCAGAUUCAGGCGAAGAAGGGCAUCCAGCAUGUCGACGUGCCUCCGAUUCGCUCUGCCGCUACUCCUCCAGUCGCCAAGUCGCCCGCCUCAAACUCCGCCGCGGCCAUAAACAACGAGACGUACCAGCAGGAUGGUGACUACAUCAAAGACAUUGAGAUCAAUGAUCUCCGUAAUCGCUAUACACUGACCAAAGGAGCUACACAAAAGAGGAUCAAAGACGAGACUGGCGCCGAUGUCACUACUCGCGGAGAAUACUACCCAGACAAGAACAUGGCAACUGCUACUAACCCGCCGCUGUACCUCCGCAUCACUAGCACCUCCAAAGAAGGCCUGGACAAGGCUGUCGAGAUGAUCGAAGAGAUGAUGAAGGAGGACCUUCCUAACCUUGUAGACGAACGUCGUUUCCGCCGUAGAGAGCCAGAGAACUUCGAGCGCGACGAAUUUGGCAGACGCAAGUGGCCCGAAGAGAAGAUUUCCGUAGGUCUCGAGCCUAUCAGCGGCUUUAACUUGCGCGCACAGGUUGUCGGUCGCGGUGGCGACAACGUCAAGUUCAUUCAACAGGAGACAGGCUGCAAAGUCCAGAUCAAAGGCCGCGGUUCCGGCUUCAUGGAGCCAAACAGCGGACAAGAGAGCGACGAGCCCAUGUACCUCCACAUCGCUGGACCCCGUCCCGAAGGUGUAGCCCAAGCCAAGCAACUCUGCGACGAGCUCCUCGACAAGGUAAAGUCGGAUUACCACGCUUACAAGGAACGCCCUCCACCGAACCGUUACGGCGACCGAGAUGGCUAUGGCGGUGGACGACCGGGAUACGGCGAUCGUGGCGACCGUGGAGAUCGCGGUGACCGUGAUCGCAGCCAGAGCUACGGAUACGGUGGAGGAAACGGAGGAGGCGGCGGCUACGGUGGCUACGGCGCUCAGGGUCAGAACGGUUACGGCGGCCAGGACACAAUCAUGUCUCCUGCUGCUGCAACGCCGACUGCUGAUGCUAACAACCAAGCCUACGAUGCGAAUGCGGCACAAGCAUGGAUUGCCUACUACCAGCAGAACCCAGAGGCUGAUCCUUAUGCGGCCUACGGUGGGUAUGCAGCGUAUCUCGCACUCCAGCAACAGCAGUACGCGGCGUACUAUGCUCAGAACGGUUAUGGCCAGACGCAGUCGCCUGCUCCCGGCGCUGGCGCGGCUGCACCACCACCGCCGCCGCCUUCAGAGCCAUCCGGCUACGCUGCUCCACCGCCGCCUCCACCGGCUGCAUCGCCUUCCAACUAUGGCGCCGUCCCUCCACCUCCCGGUUUAUGCCUAGCCACAUCGCACUCGCCGCCCUCCGCGCGCAACGUCGACCUCGGCUCGCGCACCCCACCGUACGCCAAACUCCUCUCGCGGCUCGAACAAGUCCGGCGCGUACUGGGCUCGUCUCGCCAAUUGACUUUGGCAGAGAAGAUCCUCUAUUCGCAUCUUGAGAGUCCUGAGGAGUCUUUGUUGAGCAACACCAAUGGAGGAAGGGAUAUUCGGGGCCAGGCGAAUCUCAAGUUGAAGCCGGAUCGCGUGGCGAUGCAGGAUGCGAGUGCGCAGAUGGCGCUGUUGCAGUUUAUGAGCUGCGACCACAUGAUAGUAGGAGAAAAAGGCGCCGACACCGACCUUCCACAAUCGAUAGCGGGUAACAAGGAGGUUUUCGAUUUCCUCGAGUCGGCGGCGAAGAAGUACGGAAUCGAGUUCUGGCCACCGGGUGCUGGCAUCAUCCAUCAGUCUGUCCUGGAAAACUACAGUGCUCCUGGGCUCAUGAUCUUGGGCACCGACAGUCACUCACCGAAUGCUGGAGGUCUGGGAUCGAUUACAAUUGGUGUUGGUGGUGCCGAUGCGGUCGACGCUCUUGUGGAUGCGCCAUGGGAGUUGAAGGCACCCAAGAUCUUGGGUGUGAAGCUUACCGGAGAACUCAGCGGAUGGGCAUCGCCAAAGGAUGUGAUCCUGAAAUUGGCUGGCGAGCUGACCGUCCGGGGUGGCACUGGCUUCAUCAUUGAGUACUUUGGCCCUGGUGUGCAAUCUCUAAGCUGCACAGGCAUGGCGACUAUCUGCAACAUGGGCGCUGAAGUCGGCGCAACUACCUCGCUCUUCCCCUUCUCUCCUGCGCAUAUCCCCUACCUCCAAGCCACACAUCGCGGACCGAUCGCUGAAGCCGCUGCCAAGAUCGCCGGUUCACCAAUGCAGCAGAACCUGCUACGACCUGACCCGGAUGCCGCCUAUGAUAAAGUCAUCGAGAUCAACCUUUCGGAACUCGAGCCUCACAUCAACGGACCAUUCACCCCUGACCUGUCAACACCUCUAUCCAAGUUCAAGUCUGUAGUUGAAGAGAAGGGAUGGCCACAAACAUUCGGUGCGGGCCUAAUUGGUAGCUGCACAAACAGCUCAUACCAGGACAUGACUCGGUCAGAAGAGAUUGUGAAGCAGGCACUAGCAGCGGGUCUCAAGCCCAAGGCGGACUUCUUCAUUACCCCAGGAAGUGAACAGAUCCGAGCAACGUUAGAACGGGAUGAAACCCUUCAAACGUUUACUGCUGCUGGUGGCACUCGUACCGACGACGUAAAGAAGGGUGAAUCCAACGCUAUCCUCACGUCCUACAACCGCAACUUCCCCGGCCGCAACGAUGGUAACCGAGCUACCAUGAACUUCCUCGCUUCUCCCGAACUCAUCACCGCCAUGUCAUACUCUGGCUCUACGACCUUCAACCCAAUGACCGACAGCAUCCCGACACCCGACGGCAAGCCUUUCAAGUUCGCGCCGCCAAAGGGCUCUGACCUCCCUACCGCUGGUUUCGCAGACGGUAACCCAGACUUCAUGCCUACGCCAGGUGUCCCCGACGCCAGCGUGGAUGUCAUUGUCUCGCCUACAUCCACCCGUCUGGCACUCCUUGAUCCUUUCCCAGCAUUCCCUGGCUCGGAAUUUACAGGCCUGCGAGUACUCUACAAGGUCAAGGGACAAUGCACAACAGACACCAUCUCGGCUGCCGGUCCAUGGCUCAAGUACAAGGGCCAUCUCCCCAACAUCUCUGAGAACACACUCAUCGGUGCAGUCAACGCACAGACCGAUGAAGUCAACGUUGCCUACGACUUCGACGGUAAGACGUCCGGUAUCCCAGAACUAGCAAAGAGGUGGCGCGACCAGGGCAUCGAGUGGCUAGUUGUAGCAGAGCACAACUACGGCGAGGGUUCUGCCCGUGAACACGCCGCCCUACAACCCCGAUACCUCGGUGGCCGCAUCAUCCUAGCCAAGUCAUUCGCCCGCAUUCACGAGACCAACCUCAAGAAGCAAGGUAUCGUCCCUCUCACCUUCGCCAACGAAGCCGACUACGACGCCUUCGAAGCUUGCGACCAGGUUGCUACACGGGGACUGUUGGACGUGCUAAAGAGCGGCGGCAAGGGUGAAGUCGAACUUGUCCUCAAGAAGAAGGACGGUAGCGAGAAGGUCGUCAAGACCAAACACACACUCUCGCACGAUCAAUGUGGAUUUGUGAUGGCUGGCAGUGCGCUCAACCUUCUAGCUGCGAAAGGCAGGGAGAUGAAGGAGGAGGUUACCCGGAGUGCGGAGCUGAGUGAUUGA